ACCAGAAUCAUGCAACAGUAGCCCAUCGAACUCGCAUCUUCUUUACUGCAACGCCUUAAAACUCAUUCUAAUGGCUGGAAGUAAGCAUUUAAAGUCGGCUGAGACUGUGCAGUCUUUUUCCCAUCGUCAAAAUCAAUAUCCAGACAUAUGUUGUGGUGUUGUACGUGAUUUUGUAUUUUACACUCGGUUGAGUAAACACGGGCAUGUCGACGUCCACCUUGACCCCGAACUUCGACACUUCGCGCAUUCUGCGUCCAGGAUCGCAGUCGCAGUUGCCAAUAUCAUCUGGCAGUGGCUUUGCCACAAAUACCGAUAGAGAAAGCUACUGCUUGCACGAAACUUUGGAAGAGGUCAAUGACGGAGAUGUCUUGAAGCACAACGCGAAUGGGACAAAUAUUCACGGCAACCGUUCCUUUCGUGGUAAUGGCGACAUUGCACGAGUAGAGCAUGUCUCCGGCGACCUUACCUACUGGGACUGCCAUAGCGGCGACGUCAGCCUAGGUGACACAGCACCCGAUCGACUUCUUGAUGUUCGCAACCCAGAUACACAACAACCUUGGUCUCCACCUCAAUAUGAAUGUGGUGAAGUCGUACAAGAGUACGAGAAUACUAACAGCCCUUGGUCUUUCCAUGGAUUCCUCGGUACUGAGGAAAGUGCGGGAGAUUUCUUGCAUCAAGACGCUUCCGAUGUCGAACUUUGGAUGCAAGAUCAGUUGUUCCUAAAUCUAGAUCUUAUCGACGAGCAACAAAAUCAUUUGCAAACCCCACUCUCUCGGUGCGAAACAUUGCGCGUCGUUUCCGAACGAACGGAACAACCGAAACGCCUGCGAAUUAUCCGUGGUUGGCUUUCACUUCACGCAUCGAACCCGUAUCCUACGUCAGCCGAGAUUUCAGAGCUAGUCGAGGCGACCGGCUGCACUGAACGUCAACUCAAAACUUGUUUGACCAAUCUUCGCACCCGGGAAAAGCAUUUGUUAGGGGGCCGUCCUAACGAAUGCCACGGUGGGAGCAUUACUCGACCCCAGCCUCGGGACUUGACGACGGUACAUUUGACUCAUGUGCAGUCAAGCUCGAUGGUCAACAGUCACGACAUGCCGCAUGCCAUCGAUACGAAUGAGAACAGUCACUGGUUGUCUCUGCCCGCUGCAGGUUAUCCUACACCGGACAGUGUUCCCGGUGUCAUAAUCCAGAUAUGCCAGGACUUCAAAACGGACUUAGUUUGUCAAAGACGUCCUGAGAAACCUGUCCCACGAAGCUCUAUUAUGCCAAAGCGCAAAGGCCGGAGGUAUCGCGCCCAGACAUGUCAAGCCGGCGUAGGUGAGAACAUGUCCGACACGCAGCCAAUACACAUCGCACCUUCUGGUCUGAGCAAGCCUAAGAACCGGUUUUCCUGUACUGUGGUGGGAUGCUACGGAUCGUUCAAGAACGCAUCUGACUGGAAGAGGCAUGAGGCUGGAGUGCAUGGCUACAGCGACCGGGAGUGGGUUUGCAUGCUGACAGAAGCAUUCAGGACGCGUUCUGAAUGCGUCUUUUGCUUAGAACCGAUGGAUUCGGUCGAUCAUCUAACCAAACACCUAAUUGCACCCUGCUCGGACAAGUGUAUCAUCGAGCGUACAUUCUUCCGCAAGGACCUCCUGAAGCAGCACGUCCUGCAUGUGCACCUUGCAGGCGAACCCGUCUCAGUGAAGAAGAACUUUACAGUUCCUCAAGGAUGGUCGAGAGAGGUGGAGUCGUCGGCGAUUGAACCUAACUCCUGCUGGUGUGGCUUCUGCGGGCAGUCCUUCGAAUCUGUUACCACAAGGAUGGAUCAUGUAGCGCAACACUUCCGUCAAGGUCUGGAUAUGAGAGCUUGGAAUCGUAUUUAGGGUGUCCGUGGCGAAGUGCCUUCAAUCAUGGGCCAUUUUGGUAAUUUUGCCGGACCAAUCCGGGAUGACGGUUUCUGGGAAACAGUAGAUCGCCUUCAUUCACUAUCCGCUAAAAUAUCGCUUCUCAAUUUGUCUGUCGUAUUUCGGUAUCAUUUCUUACUUCUCUGCACUUGUUCAGUGUGGGUUUCUGGUUUCAUAGCGAUAGGCACAUGCUGAUUCUUGAGGGAAGCAUUCUUGACAUGCAAAAUUCGGAAUGCCAAUUCUUUCGGUUGAGGUCCGGU